AUGGGUCCGUGGAGUUCUAAAAACUCCAAAGCCAAGGAAGCCCAAAUUCUUCUUCUGGGACUUGACUCAGCUGGGAAGUCUACGCUCCUUUAUAAAUUAAAGUUUGCUAAGGAUACUGCAACCACUCCGACAAUAGGUUUCAACGUGGAGAUGAUUGAGUUAGAAAAGAGAAUUUCGCUCACUGUCUGGGAUGUUGGAGGACAGGAAAAAAUGAGAACGGUUUGGUGCUGUUACUGUGAGAACACUGAUGGGCUGUUGUAUGUCGUGGAUAGCACAGACAAACAGCGACUGGAGGAUUCCAGGAGAGAGUUUGAACACAUUUUGAAGAAUGAACACAUUAAAAAAAUUCCUGUUGUCCUACUAGCCAACAAGCAAGACAUACCUGGAGCUCUGAGCGCUGAGGACAUCACCAGAAUGUUCAAAAUGAAGGAGCUCUGCAGUGACCGGAACUGGUAUGUACAGCCCUGCUGUGCCAUCACGGGAGAUGGGCUGGCUGAGGGGUUCAGGCAAUUAACUGGAUUCAUGAAAAGCCAUGUGAAAUCAAGAGGAGACAUUUUCACAUUCUUCAAGCAGAACUGA